AUGGCGAAACCCACUUGUCUUUGCUCUCAAUCCCUCGUGUUCUUGAUGAUCUUCACUCUCAUUUCCUUGGCCAGAGCACAGUCUCAACAAAGUCCGAGUUAUUUUUGUUUUGUGUUCAACGCCACAGAUUUCCCAUCAGAGGACUACUACGACUACAUCAUCGUCGGAGGCGGCACCGCCGGCUGCCCGUUGGCAGCAACGCUAUCUGAGUAUUAUCGGGUUCCGGUGCGUGAAAAGGGAGAGGUGAUGCUCUGUGCUGGGGCUCUCGGAAGCCCACAGCUUCUGCUUCUGAGUGGCAUUGGACCGAGGCCGUACCUCUCAUCGUGGGGAAUUCCUGUGGCUCAUCACUUGCCUUAUGUCGGACAGUUCCUCUAUGAUAACCCCCGAAAUGGCAUCUCAAUUGUGCCCCCAAUGCCAUUGGAGCACUCUCUGAUACAAGUCGUGGGCAUAACCAAUUCAGGGGCUUACCUUGAAGCAGCUUCCAAUGUAAUACCUUUUGCCUCCCCUGCUCGCUCUGUUUUCAUUCGGAACCCAGCUUCACCACUGUAUCUCACUGUGGCCACCCUGAUGGAGAAGAUUACUGGGCCACUCUCUGCAGGUUCACUCCGGUUGGCAUCUACGGAUGUCAGGGUUAACCCAAUUGUCCGGUUCAACUCUUUUAGUAAUCCGGGUGAUGUGGAGCGGUGUGUGAAUGGCACCCGCAAGAUCGGUGAUGUACUGAGGAGCCGUUCCAUGGAGGAUUUCAAAUGAAGGGAAUGGUUUGGGGGCCGAGAUUUCAGAUACGUGGGGCCUGCAUUGCCC